CGACUCUCUCUCUCUCUUUCUCCCCUCACCAGAACGCAAACUACCCGUUGCAGUCAAAUGAAAAUAUAUUGUUACACUAAUUAACUCAUUGAUGACUUUGCUAACCCAUGAAUCUCAAACUAUACAAGACUGUUUGUACGCCCAUGCUUUAAUUUAUGAUUUUUUUUCCCAUCAUAGAACAAUGGCAAACAGAAGAAAGGCGUGGAAUCUUCAGGGCAUCAUGGCAGUAAUGCAGGAGUACCUCAGCUGCCACGACGUGUACAAACAAAUGAAACGGAAUGGUACAACUAAAGGUUUCCACAAAACGGUAGCUGACAAGCUCAGCUACCAGGAGAACGCAACCGAGAACCUCCUGAAGAACUUGGGCAGGGAGUACCGGGAUAUACUGCAGCACACUAUGGUAUCUGGUACAGACACCCGAGAUCCGGUACUCCGGGGAUCAACGGAGCUGUACUUGCUCUUUGAAGAGUACCAGCAGCUGUAUUUCCCAGCUGGAGGACAGAUCAAACCUCAAGCAGUGAUUACAGAAGGAGGCGUGGUCAUCCCAGGGGAAGUGAUAGUCAUCCCAGGUGAAGGUGAUGAGGAGGCGACGGGAGCCCCAUCCACAUCGUCCGCUUCUCCCCCAACAAAUCGGAGACAGAAGAGAAAGCGUGACGACGAAGUAAUUGUCCUUUUGGGAAGGCUUGUGGACGAGAUGACGGCACUUCGGAUGAUGGUUGGUUCCGCUCUGGGGAUCGACGUCCAGCUAGGUGAAACCGAGGACAAGGAACAAUAACUAUCCACGAUGUACAUAGGGCGUCAAAUCGUUUUGCAUUAAAUAUUAUUUGGAAACAUUA